AUAAAUGCAGAAAAUACGGGAAGCCCUGGCGAAGUUCUUGUUUUGCAUUUAUCGGCUGGAGCGUAACUUUUAGCAAAAAUGUGAUAUGUUGCUGUCAACAAAUAUUCCCAGUUUAUUAAUACAAUAUAAAUAUUUCAUCUCCCCUUACAUAACCUUUCUCUUUUGCUCAAAAUGUAGUCAACGCUUUGCGUAGUAAAGUAUGUUGGCUUCUGCUAAGAAUAUUUUACAAUGGCAAAACGCCGAGAUUAUCGUGUUGGGAGAAUAGGAACACACAGAGCAGUAAGCAGCUUGGAAAAACGGGCUUAUAUCUCACAUACAAGCUCAGCAUAAAAUUUUUAAAGCCAAUCGGAGUGACAAUGGCAUCUGCAGAGAGUGGUGCAGACGAAGACGAGGAGCGGCGUAUCAUGUCGCUGCUUCUCGGCCCAGGCAAGAUGGAACGCGACCGAGGCGCUGUCGAGCUGCAGCGCCUGCUCAACUCCGGACCCGGGGACGGUGGGGGUGGGGGCGUGCACCUCCGCCUCGGCCCACAGCUGCUGGCCAGCGCGGGCUCACUGAUCCCCACCUCGGUCGCCUCCCCGUGCGAGGCUCGACUGGGCGCCCUGGUCGGUGCCAAGGUUCUCGUCCCCCACCUCCACCCAAAUGAGAAUCGGUGUGAGGCCGAGCUGGCAGAGGCGGCCCGGGAUGUGGCACUCCGGACACUUGAUGACCCAGAAACUAGGGUGCGGGUGGCAGCUGGUGAAGUUUUGGGAGCACUUUGUAGGCAGACAGGGGUACAAACGUUCCUGGAAAGCCGUGAGGUGCUGCUGGACAUGAUUAGGUCCAGCAUCGAACAGUCCCCAGUACCUGCCGACGAGGAGGAGGCACCACCCCCGCCACCACCUCCGUCGUCCUCAAUGCUGCUCGAUGUUCCAGAUAAGAUGGGUCCACUGUCACGCAGGCGUGGGAGUGAGUUGGUGGGAUUACGUCCGCUGGAUGGGGAACGCGGUGGAAGUGGCGCCGUGACAGUAGCGAGCCGCCUAGAGACGACGUUGCGCUGUCUCCGUAGCAUGGCGGACGGCUGCGGCACAGCCCUGCAGCCACACGUAGAUCGGGAACUGCUGCUGGUGGUGAUAUCUGUGCUGGCUCACCGUGACCGCUACGUCAGGGAAGCGGGGUUUGCGGCAUGUGCAGCAAUAAUGUCCUCUUGUAUCUGGGAUGGUGAAUCGGAAUUUGAGCGGGAGGACAUGAACCCUGUGUUUGCAGUGGGGCACGAGCUGUGUGGGCACCUGGCAAAGGGUCUGGAGGACACCUGGAGUCAGGUACGGCUUGCAGCAUGUGUAGCUGUGCGGAAAUUUUUCCUGGCUCUGCCGGAGAAGUCUCGCAAUGCCUUCUAUCCCCAACUGCUGCCUAGGAUGUGCCUGAACAGGUACUACAUGGUAGCAGAAGGUGUGAGAUUGUAUUCGCAAGAAACGUGGCGACAGGUAGCGGGAGCGGCAGGGGUGGAGUUGGUGGAGUCACACUUGGAGGCGGCGGUCGCAUACUACGAAAAGGUGGCGCUGGACGCGGACGGCGACGCCGCGGCCCGGGAGGCUUCCUGUUCGUGCUUCGGGGAGGUGGCGGCCAAACUGUCCCACUGUGUGGUGCGGCCACACACGGGCCGCAUGCUCAAGGUGCUGCUAACCUGCUUCAGGGAUGACUGCUGGCCAGUCAGGGACGCUGCUUGCAUGGCGUGUGGCAGUUUGGUUUCCUGCUUUCCAGAUGAGAGUCGCAGUUCUCUGCCUGAGAUGUUGCCACUCUUCCAACGCAGCUUACAAGACUCUGUUGCAACGGUGCGGCAGGGGGCGGCAGCGGCCUUGGCGUGUGUGGUGCGCUCCAUGGGCUCGGACGCACUGGCGGCCGCCAUCCAUCUGCUGGAGGAGGGCCUGGCCGGUGUGCAGCAGCAGCCCGCCACGGGGGCGGGGGCGGGGGUGGGGGCGGGAGUGGGCGUGGCACUCGAGAGCACUGGUGACAAUCGACCCCUCAGGCAGAUAUUUAUGUCUGCAUCUUACACUCAGCGCAUUGGCCGAAGUGCUUCCACAACGGGUUGGUCAGAUAAUCCUUUCAACAAGCCAACCCUGCCAUGGCACUUUGCUGAUGGGUGCAUCCACCUCCUCACUGAGCUGGCGCAGGUAGCAGAAUGUGUGUCUGCUGUCAUCGCUGCCGUGCCGUUGGCUGCUGAGGCGUGCCAGUACCGCCACUACGAAAGCCACGUGUGCUUACUGGAAACCGUGUGCAAGCAGCUACCACUGCUGGCAAAAGCUGUUGGCAAGAAGAGUUUCAAGGCACUACUGCCAGACUUCCUGGAGCCUGUCUUCUAUGCCCUGGAGUGUGAGAAUUCCCUAACUUCAAGUGCAUCGAGCCAGUGUCUGAACCAGCUGGGAUCGAUUCUGGGCCCGAAUGUCCUACGUGCUAUGGUGCAGCAACUGAAUCCCAGGUUUCUGCAACAUCUAGAUGCCAAUGUAUACAUUGCUCCGUUUUAAGGCGGCAACAGACACGCUCGUUCCGCACUGACUUCUUUCUGUCCUAUCUUCUGUGAUAUGUUGUGCUGUUGGUGUGCUGGUGCACACAGCCUCAGGUUUCCUGUGUCAACCGUGAUGUAGUUACCUGUCUCAGAAUUAUAGUAUUGGUGUUUUUCUAGUCAUUAUUAAUGUGCGUGACUGUAUGAAAUAAGCUUUUAUGAAAACAAGUGUUUUUCUUAUAGUUGGUAAAUCUUAUU